AUGAAGCUUUCAUUUUCUCUUCUACUUCCUUUGCUCGUGAUAGCCCAGGAGACAACCCUGGGAACAGGAGCGCAUUUCCGGCUGACAAGAUACUCAGGCACUGGCUCCCCGGAAGGCUCAAGCAACAUAACAAUCUCAGAAACAGGUGAGUGGAUCACUAUUACCUACAGCCAAUUCCGAACCUACCUUGGGCCAGACUAUGCUGGAGCGGAGAGGGGCUUGACCUGUCAUGUUUAUCUCGCUAUCAUUGCCCCGAGCGUCGACCAUCUCCCUCAAGGGGUUCAAGGGGUGCAGCACACGCUUGCGGACAGCGUAUAUGAGCGAUACUACACUCAGCUCGAUGAUGGAGUGACAGCUCUUCACCACAGCACAUACUACACCCAUGAUUUGGGCCCCUUCAACGUGGUCGCGACGGCAACAUUCGAUGGUGGUGAGACGUGGAAAGCACCCGGCAAAUCGUACAACGAGACCAGGGAGAUCUCUCGCAGCUCCCUGGAGUGUAGCCGUUGUGUCCAACCAGGUGCUAGAAUGGCGGUAUUCUAUGCCCACGAUCAAAUCACCAUGAGCAGCUCAAAUCCAGAAGCCCGUGGCGUUUCGGUUGCGGGCGACACGGCCGACUUGUUGUAUACGCGCCGUAUCAGAGUCCUAUGGCGAGCGUGUACUCCGUAA